AAAUGUGGGAAAGAGAAAAGCAACGCGUUUUUUCGUCAAAGAACAACGCCUACUGUUCUGUCUGUCUGUCUGUCUCCUCUGUCCUCCUCCCACUCUGAUCAAAAGAAGCAAACGAAAAUUAGGGUUGGGAUUUGUUGUUUUUUUCCCCAGCAAAACCUCAAGUUCUGUACUUCUAUAAUCCAAAUCAAAGUUGGGGAGAGCACGGGUGUUGGGCUUUUUUUUCGAGGACCCUUUUUGGGGUUUGGAAAUGGGUCAUUGUUCUUUUGUGAUCAAAUGGUUCCAUCUUCACAAGCUUCUAACGCUCAUUUUGAUCUUCUCCUAUGCCGGUUUGGGGUUGGGUUCGGACCAGGCGGCUCUCCUGGAGUUCAAGAGCUCAGUUUCGGAAGCUUCUGGAGCUUUCUCGAGCUGGAGCUCGAGCAAUUCUCAUCAUUGUUCGUGGGUCGGAGUCUCCUGCGAUUCGAAUUUCCGGGUCGUCGCUUUGAAUAUUAGCGGUGGAGGUAAUUCGGGUUGUUUUUAUUUUGAUAAUAUUGCUAAAUUCCCGCUGUAUGGGUUUGGGAUUAGGAGGGCUUGUGAGAAUAGUAGUGUGAAACUUGUGGGUAAACUAUCUGCAGCUGUAGCGAAACUCACUGAGCUUCGGAUUUUAUCACUGCCUUUUAAUGAAUUGAUUGGUGAAAUACCUGUGGGUAUUUGGGGUAUGGAGAAGCUUGAGGUUUUGGAUCUGGAAGGGAAUAUGAUUUCCGGGUCUUUGCCUUCUGAGAUUAAAGGUUUGAGGAAUUUGAGGGUUCUUAACCUGGGUUUCAAUAAGAUUGUGGGGAGCAUUCCCAAUUCUCUAUCAGCUUGUGUGGGUCUGCAAGUCUUAAAUUUGGCAGGGAAUCAGGUGAACGGGUCGAUUCCUGGUUUCGUUGGUGAAUUUAGUGAUCUGAGGGGGAUUUACUUGUCGUUUAAUCUGUUUAGUGGACCGAUUCCUAGUGAGAUUGGGAUGAACUGUGAGAACCUCGAGUAUCUAGAGGUGGCAGGUAAUGUGUUAACUGAUGUGAUUCCGAAAAGUUUAGGGAAUUGCAGGCGGUUGAAAUCGAUCCUGUUGUAUUCUAAUAUAUUGGAAGAGGAUAUUCCAGCCGAACUUGGUCAAUUGAAUCAGCUUCAGGUUCUAGAUGUGUCGAGGAACAGCCUGAGUGGUGCGAUACCUUCUGAGUUGGGAAAUUGCACCGAGUUGUCCAUUCUUGUGUUGUCAAACACGUGGGAUGUUCUUUCCGACACUUCUUCGACUGCGAAAUUGGCCUCGUCUAGUGAUGAUUUUAACUUCUAUGAUGGCACGAUCCCCGCAGAGGUUACUAAUAUUUCUAGUUUGCAGAUGGUUUGGGCUCCCCGAGCAAUUCUUGAAGGAAAGCUGCUCAGCAGUUGGGGUGACUGUGAGAGACUCGUGAUGGUUAACUUGGCCCAAAAUUUCUUCAUGGGAGAAUUUGGGGAAGCGUUCAGUAACUGCAAGAAGCUUCAGUUUCUUGACUUGAGCUUCAAUAGGCUGACUGGACCACUUCCCGAAAAACUACCCGUUCCUUGCAUGACAAUGUUCGAUGUGAGCGGGAAUCUUCUUUCCGGUUCUAUCCCCAGAUUUUCGAACACUACUUGUUCUCGUGGAGAUCGAAUUGAGCUCUAUGAUGCAUCAUCUGCCUAUCUAUUGCUUUUUGCUCGCAGAGCUCUUCAGGAUGCCACUUCGUCAUUAUUUGACGAUGGUUCUGCCCUUGCAGUGGUUCAUAAUUUUGGUGGCAACAACUUUACGGGCCAGCUGCCAUCCAUUCCCGUAGCUCCUGAAAUGUUAGAAGAGCCAACUGUUUAUGCAUUUCUUGCUGGUGGUAAUAGAUUCACUGGACCUUUAUCUGAAACUGUCUUCGAGAAGUGCCAUCAACUGAAAAGUAUGAUUAUUAAUGUGAGCAAUAACGGGUUGUAUGGUCAUAUUCCAGCCGAUAUUGGUUCUAGUUGUGUAUCACUUAAACUUUUGGAUGCCUCCAAGAAUCAGAUUGCGGGGACCGUUCCUCCUACUGUCGGGAAUCUUGUUUCUCUAGUCUCUCUCAAUCUAAGUCGGAAUAUGUUGCAGGGUCCAAUCCCAAGCAAUUUAGGGUUAAUUAAGGAUCUCCAGUAUCUCUCUUUAGCUGGAAAUAAUCUUAGUGGCCAUAUUCCUACAAGCCUGGGCCAGUUGCACUCUUUAGACUCUCUCGAUCUUUCUUCAAAUUCUUUGACUGGUGAGAUCCCGAGAGAGUUUGUAAAUCUGAGGAACAUGACUACCCUUCUUCUCAACAAUAAUCGCUUGUCGGGACAGAUACCUACUGGCUUUGCAAAUGUCACCACGGUUGCAGUGUUUAAUGUGUCGUAUAAUAACUUGUCAGGGCCACUGCCUCGCAACGAUGACCUGAUGAAAUGCAACAGUGUCAUCGGAAACCCUCUCCUGCAAUCUUGUCAUAUCUUCUCUCUUUCUUCUCCAUCCCCAGAUCAGCCUGGAGUUUUAGCGGAUUCAACAGAUCCUACUAACUCUCAAUCGAAAGGUUCAACUCAAGGGGGAAGAAGUGCAGGAUUAACUUCGAUCGAGAUUGCAGCUAUAACAUCUGCAGCCGCUAUUGUCUCGGUCCUCUUUGCUCUUAUCAUCCUUUUCUUUUACACCAGAAAGUGGAGCCCGAGAUCCCGAGUUGCUGGAUCGACUAGGAAGGAAGUCACAGUCUUCAAUGAAAUUGGGGUGCCAGUAACGUUUGAAACCGUUGUUCAGGCCACCGAUAACUUCAACAACGCAAGCAAUUGCAUUGGUAAUGGGGGUUUCGGGUCUACAUACAAAGCCGAGAUUGCUCCGGGAGUUUUAGUUGCGGUAAAACGGCUAGCUGUAGGUCGUUUCCAAGGGUUUCUACAAUUUGAUGCCGAAAUCAAAACACUAGGGAGGCUGCGGCAUCCAAAUCUCGUGACAUUGAUAGGGUAUCAUGCCAGUGAAUCCGAAAUGUUUCUUAUUUAUAAUUACUUGCCAGGCGGUAAUUUGGAGAAGUUCAUCCAGGAGAGGUCCACGAGGGCAGUGGAUUGGAGAAUACUUCACAAGAUAGCCCUAGACAUAGCCCGCGCACUUGCUUACCUACACGAUCAAUGCGUGCCUCGUGUGCUUCAUCGCGAUGUCAAGCCGAGCAAUAUACUGUUAGACGAGGAAUACAACGCAUAUCUAUCUGACUUUGGAUUGGCCAGACUUCUCGGGACUUCAGAGACACAUGCCACCACUGGUCCGGCUGGAACAUUUGGAUACGUCGCUCCCGAAUAUGCAAUGACUUGCCGCGUCUCUGACAAGGCCGAUGUAUACAGCUACGGCAUUGUGUUACUCGAGCUAAUCUCCGACAAGAAGGUGCUCGAUCCCUCGUUCUCAAGCUAUGGGCACGGCUUCAACAUCGUCUCGUGGGCCUGCAUGCUCUUAAGGCAAGGCCGCGCCAAGGAGUUCUUCACCGCUGGGCUUUGGGAUUCAGGCCCUCACGACGACUUGGUGGAGCUGUUACACUACGCGGUUAUAUGCACCGUCGAGACCCUCUCCACCAGGCCUACAAUGAAACAAGUUGUUAGAAGACUAAAGCAACUUCAACCCCCUUCUUGUUAGCAGCUCUGCAAACAUUGCAAAAUUCAUAGGAAGGUAUAUUCACUAAAUCCCACUUGUAAUUUAUAACUUUGCAGUUUGUAGGGAAGAGAGUCCAGGUUUGAGUUUGUAGGGAUUGUCUUUGUACAUUGUAGUAUAGCUUUGCCCCCAUUCUUUUUCCUAUGUUCUGUGCCUUGUAGGGGGUUUUCACCAAUGCAUCUGCAGAAGAGUGCAGAUAAGUAUCUGUAUCUCUAGAGUUUUGUAUACAUGUACCUCACCUUUACUUGUUGCUUGUUCAAUAAAGAUGAAAAUAGGGAGUAUCUUCUGCAGA